UUAGUCGCGAAAGAAAAUCAAUUCCAAAUAUUUUCGUGGCGAAGUGCAAUUUAGCGAAAGUAAAAUCAAAACCCUAGACUCCGUCACAGAAAGUAAGUCCCCAGAAUCAACGAUCGUUCCUAAAACUCUCGAUUUCGCGCAAUCGGUCUUCGUCUCCCAUUGCCCUCGUUUUUCUUCAUUAUCUGACAAUUUUCAGACAGAUAUAACCAGUUUUUAAGUUCAUGGCUGGUCAGAGGAAUAGUUACGGAAAACGUAAUCGUUCUCAGUCUGAUUAUUCUGAAAAUGGAGGGAACAAAAGAAGAAGUCACGGUGAGGACCGGGACCAGUUUAUCAUAGAUCCAGAAGAUACUGUUUACCGGUAUUUGUGCCCUGUUAAAAAGAUUGGAAGUGUUAUUGGAAGGGGAGGUGAGAUAGUGAAGCAGUUAAGGAUAGAUACUAAAUCAAAGAUUAGAAUUGGAGAAACAGUGCCUGGAUCUGAUGAGCGUGUCAUAACAAUCUACAGCGCAAGCAAUGAGACUAAUGCUUUGGAAGAAAGUAGUGAUUAUAGUUCUCCAGCUCAGCAGGCUUUGUUCAAAGUCCACCAUAGAGUUGUGGCCGAUGACCUAAUGGACGAGGAAUCUGAAGGAGUAAGUCACCAGGUUACAGCUAGACUUCUUGUACCCUCUGAUCAGAUUGGUUGUAUUAUUGGGAAAGGUGGGCAGAUUGUCCAGAAUAUUCGCACUGAGACUGGGGCCCUGAUUCGCAUUCUUAAGGAUGAUCAUUUACCCCGUUGUGCUCUGAGUUCUGAUGAACUUGUGCAGAUAUCUGGUGAACCCCCGAUUGUGGAGAAAGCCUUGUACCAGAUUGCAUCUCGACUGCAAGAAAAUCCUUCACGAUCUCAGCAUCUACUUGCUUCUGCCAUACCUGGUGUAUAUCCUUCUGGUGGUUCGCUUGUUGCUUCUACACAUGGUGCUCCAAUUAUGGGUUUAGCUUCUUUGGUCAGUCCAUAUGGAGGUUAUAAAGGGGACAGUGGUAAUUGGUCCAGGUCUUUAUAUUCAGCUCCAAGGGAAGAAUUAUCUUCAAAAGAAUUUUCUCUUCGAUUGAUAUGUCCAACCGAAAACAUUGGAGGCGUCAUUGGCAAAGGUGGAGCUGUUAUCAAUCAGAUUAGACAGGAGACCAAGGCUGCCAUAAAAGUUGAUAGUUCAGCUACUGAAGAAGAUGAUUGUUUGAUAAAUAUAACAUCCAAGGAGUUCUUUGAAGAUUCAUAUUCUCCCACGCUGGAAGCUGCAUUGCGCUUGCAACCAAGGUGCAGUGAGAAAGUAGAAAGAGAUUCUGGAAUUAUUUCAUUCACAACCCGUCUGCUUGUGCCUACCUCACGAAUUGGUUGCCUAAUUGGUAAAGGUGGAGCUAUCAUUACCGAGUUGAGAAGGCUCACCAAAGCUAAUAUUCGAAUACUGUCAAAGGAAAACCUCCCCAAGGUUGCCUUGGAAGAUGAUGAAAUGGUGCAGAUAUCCGGGGAUCUUGAUGUUGCCAAGGAGGCUCUUGUUCAUAUAGUGACCAGGUUGAGAGCCAACCUUUUUGAUAGAGAAGGUGCUCUCUCAGCUGUUCUGCCUGUUCUGCCGUAUCUUCCUCUACCAGCUGAUGGUUCAGAAAGUCUAUAUGAUGGUAGAGAAGGCAAAAGACAUGGGCGUGGGCAUUCUUAUUCUAAUAGUUAUGGGGGUUUCACGGAUUUGGCUGCUGGUGAUGGUUAUGGAAGUUACAGUGGCUCACAGAUUGGUGGUGGUGGUAGUGCUUAUGGGGCCUAUGGAAGCUUUUCUAUGGGACGAAGUGGUAGUUCAGGGGUUUCUGGACAUGGCAAUGUUUCUCGGAGGAGAAACUAAUCCUAGAUUUUGGUGGUCAUUAUUUACAGGUAUGCUAUUUCGUCUCCAUUGGGGCAGGAUUAAAGAGAGAAAAUACGGAAGAAAAGAUAACUUUUACCUGUUUAGAACAUUCGCCAACACACCACUGACAAUUGAUAGUUUGAUAAAAAUAAGCUAUCCGGUCUCCCUCUGCUCAAAAUUCUGAUACAGUUAUUUUCCCCUUGCCUUUCCCUUCCCAUUAAAACAGCUGAGAUUUAUGAAGCCUGAGGCCAGCCUACUGCCUUAACCUGAAGACCAGAUGAACCAGGGUUUGACAUAUUCAUGGCCCACCUUGAUGCUACCUUUAGAUGGACCAUGCCUGAAGAUCUUGUUGCUCUUAAUUUUAACACAUCCAUAUACCAAGAUGACCUUGCAUAAGAUCUUGAGCUCCUAAUAACCUACUAGCCGAAAUGCCUUGGUUUUUGUUGUGUUUCCUUCUCAAAGAUUGAACUAUGAAACCGUGUUGACUUCCAGAUUGGACAGAUGUGGAGUUUUCGUUUUGUGUGGUUUACUGCUAUAAGAUUUGAUUAGAACUCAUGAUGUGCACUCAUUAUCUCCUCAAAAUUCUGUUUUAUUUUUUCCUUUUUA